AUGUCUGCGCGUUUAAACCCCAAGUCGGUGCUAUUGGUAGGCGGAGCUGGGUUUCUUGGUCUCCAUUUGAUUCAACAAUUUCAUGUAAAUAGUCCCGAGACAAAGAUCACUGUGUUUGAUAUCAGGCCAAUUCCUAGCAAAUUGUCCAAGUUUUUCACAUUUGAUCCAAAACAAAUUGGAUUUAUCAAGGGUGAUCUUACAUCAGCCGGUGAUGUUGCUUUGGCCAUAAAGGAAAGUGGAUGUGAUGUUAUCGUGCACUCGGCAUCACCAAUUCAUGGCAUGGCGCAAGCUAUAUACGAAAAAGUCAAUGUUGAAGGGACUAAGAAUUUACUUGCCGUGAGCAAAGAAUGUGGAGUUGGUGUUUUUGUAUAUACGUCCUCGGCUGGUGUGAUUUUCAAUGGCCAGGAUGUGAUAAAUGCUGAUGAAAGUUGGCCUUAUCCCGAGGUGCAUAUGGAUGGAUACAAUGAAACCAAGGCGAUUGCCGAGACUGCGGUGAUGGAAGCCAAUGAUCCUGCUCAAAAUUUCCGCACUGUGUGUUUGAGGCCGGCGGGAAUAUUUGGCCCAGGUGAUAGGCAGCUUGUUCCUGGUUUGAAAGCUAGUGCAGAGUUGGGGCAGUCCAAGUACCAGUUGGGCGAUAACAAUAAUUUGUUUGACUGGACUUAUGUAGGUAAUGUGGCUGAUGCACAUGUGUUGGCAGCACAAAAGCUUUUGGAUGAGGAAAGAAGAGACCAAGUGAGUGGCCAGACUUUUUUCAUUACGAAUGAUGCGCCAACGUAUUUCUGGACAUUGGCGAGAGCAGUAUGGAAGAAUGAUGGGUAUAUCGACAAGUACUAUAUUAAGUUGAGUCGACCAGUGGCGCUUUGUUUGGGGUACGUGUCAGAGUUUGUGUCUAAGAUGUUGGGCAAGCAGCCUGGAAUCACACCAUUUAGAGUCAAGGUUGUUUGUGCAGUUAGGUAUCAUAAUAUCGAAAAAGCCAAAAAAUUGUUGGACUAUAAGCCAGAAGUUGAUAUAGAGACUGGUAUUAUCAACACUUUGGAGUGGAUCAACGAGAAGUUGUAA